CAAACUCAAGAGAUCGAGUAGGAAGCCAAUUCCAAAAAUUACCUUGCACAACAGUGGACACCUUUGCAUUGUAUAGUAGCCCUGAACGCCUAAUAAAUUUGUCACCAUAUACAUGUAUUAAAGGGCCUGAUGUUGCUAAUUGUUGAACCAGAGAGAUGUCCUCAUCAUCACCUAAUAGAUGCCUUAACAUUAAGGUCAUGCUUUGGAAGACAUUUGUUGAAAAUCUAGUAUGUUCUUUGCUUGUUACAAAUGAAGAAAACUUCUUACAAGGUUCCAAUGUUUGUGCCUCUAGAUAUUGAAGUUAAUAUGAAAAAAAUAUCCUAUAGUUUUCUUCCAUUUGUGUUGGUAUGUGUAUGUGUGUGUGUUGGGGGGAGAGACUGGAUUGUCUAAAACUGUUAUUAACCAACUAACGUAAUUGGCCUUUUGUCUAGAAGAACAUCUUUUCACUGGUGCAAUGUUAGCCAUAUUAGUUGAAAAUGAUUUGUGCAUGUCAUCAGAUCUUAUCUCUUUACGUUGAGAGAAUAUUUAUUAAUUUCCACACACUUUUGCUUAUGAGGACUGAUGUGUAGAUAUUCUGAGUUGGUUUUAAGGAAAAAGUUGUUGGUUAAAUUUGAUUGGAUUUGUGCAAACAUUUAAGUACCCUCCCUCUUUUUUUCGUUAUCAUUUUACAUUCUCAACAUCAUGAUACCAAUGCAUCUUUUUAUUGAACAUUUUAAAUAUGUAUUAUUAGAAAAUUACUAGUUUAACUUAUUGUUUUCUUUUUUGAUAAGCUAAGAAAAGAUAUUUUUUUACUAAUAUAAUGUAUUAUAUAUGCAAAAUGGAGACAUUAAGAUGGCAUCUUCCAUGUUCUAGCAAUGAGGGAUUAAAUGAGCUAAGGAAAAUUGUUGUACGGUUUGAGGAAAAGAUUUAUACUGUUGCAACUAGCCAGGUAAUAGGUAAUUAUACAUUUUUCAUAUUGGAUGAGUGUCAAGAGUAUGAGAUUUUCUUAGAGUAUGUGUGCAUAUUUACUGGUCAUUAUGUGCAUUUCUUAUGUUCUUUAUAUAUAUCAUAUUAUUGUAACUCAGUCUUAUGUCUAAUUACUUGAAAAACUUCAAAGAGUAAACAAAUGAAAGAUUA